AUGGUACUGAAAGAUGACCUUUUUGCAAAGACCAGUGAACUUUUGGCACUGCAGAAGUUGGCAGACCAUCAAGGUUGGGAACAUGAGCAAGAAACGUUAAAACUGCAGAAGAAAAUAGCAGAUGUUGAGGCACAGCGAGAUAACAUUCAAAAAGAAGUGUUAGCCCUCAGGCAGAAUCUGCAAGAGGUAGCAGCAUAUUCUGUAACUCGGGAGAAGAAAAUGUCCGAGAGUUUGCGCACAUCACAGAACAAUGCCAGCAGUCUGCAGGAAACCUUGCUUGAAUUGAAGGGACAGUUGUCUGCUGCUAAUCAGGAAUGUUGUCAGCUACAGCACAGACUCACUGAGGCAGAUGAGCGCAUUCUUUUCCUGCAGGCAGAUAUGAGACAGGCUGAAGAUGAAAGGCAGAAGUUCAGACUCAAACUAGAAGCACUGCAUGCUGCCCUCCAAUGUAGUUUAGUGCUAGGAGGUUAUACACUAAUGCAGAGUCCAAGCCUUAAUGGGAGCACAUCUGCCAUUUCCAGCCAGGAGGUAUCAGAAGAAGUGCGGUGCAAGACUCGCCACCUCCCAGAGAGUGGUUUAGGCUCCGGAGUUUCAGUUUCCCAACCACACAUGCAACCUUUAGGAUUGGAGAUUAGUGCUGAAUUUGUACAGACAGCACUGACAAAGAUUCAGGAAGAUCUGAGAGAUGCUCAGAAGAAGCAAAAUGAAGCAUCAAGGGAGAUUAUGACUCUACAUCAGAAACUGAAUGAGGCAGAGGAGGCACGAGAAGAUGUAAACCAACAAGCCACAGCACUGCAGAUGGCACUACACAAGUGUCAAGAAGAAAAACUUGAGACUGAAGGUGAUCUAACCACUACUCGUGCAAAUCUUCUUGAGCUGGAAGUAUUAUACAAAUGUUCUUUGAAAGAUGUGAAAGCCUUACAGGAAGAGAUUCUAACUCUACAGGACAAAAAUAUGUCACUUCAGGAGAAGAAUUUAACUCUAGAAAGCAGCCUUAUGACCUGUGAACUGGAGGAGGAAGAAGUUCUGGUAAGUUUGUUCUUCGUUGGAAGUCCCUUACUUGACAGUUUAUCUUUGGACACGUAUAUAAGACCAGGAGUUUGUCUUUUUCAGUUAGAUUCUAAGUGA